GGAGUAUGCGGAUGGGAAGCAGCGGAUGUGCGAACGAGUACGCUUAGCUUGACAGGUUUAGCAGUAGCAUUUUUUAUUUUAGCCGCUGCUUCGUUGGAUCUAUUAUUUUUAUUAUGGCGUAGGCAAGCCCGCAAUUUCAGUUGUAUGCGUGCGACUUCGUUUCCUCGCCAUCAUCAGCGCGGGUCUACGCGCUCCCCGAACAACAGUUACAACAGCACGGACGAGUCAUCUCGUUUACGCUGCCCACACCUCGCAGGCACACGGUUUCUGCGUGCGGCGUCUACUAAGCCUAAGCGGGUGUAAAGUGCGGUUUUUCUUCUGUGUGUGCUUUUUGUGCAUCGUGUGUGUGUGCGUCGAGUCGGAUAGUUGCCGCGGUGCUCGAGUGAACGCGUCAUGCCGCGUCGGCGUCACACGAACUGUGCGUGAGCUGCGUGCCCGUCUCCGGAAUGCCCGCAUCUCCGGGGGGACAUCGAGUGUUUGUCGUCUGCGACCGAGUCCCACUGCGCACAGUCGGGGCGUCACGACGUUUCGCAUGAUCCGGAUAAGUGAUCGUCGGCCGAGCGUAGACCCAGCUACUUCGAGUUUGCACCGGUGAUCCGCGAUGUCCAAGCGAACGGACACGCGCUGUCCGGACGACCGGAUCCGCGAGUUGGAACAGAUGUUCCUGGGCGGACCGGUGUUGGUCAGCGGCAAAGCUUUCACCGUCGAAGGUCUCCUGGACGUGUUGAUCGUGCUCUACGACGAGUGCUGCAACUCGUCGCUUCGCAAGGAGAAGACCAUGACCAACUUCGUAGAAUACGUAAAACCAGUGGUGCAAAGGAUUAAGGACUUGCGGCUGACCAAGGAUGAUUUCGACGUACUCAAGGUCAUCGGGAGAGGAGCAUUUGGCGAGGUGGCUGUUGUGAAGGAGAGGAACACAGGGAAGGUGUAUGCCAUGAAGAUCCUCAACAAGUGGGAGAUGCUCAAGAGAGCUGAAACUGCCUGUUUCCAAGAAGAGCGUGACGUGCUUGUUUUUGGAGACAGACGGUGGAUCACAAACCUCCACUACUCAUUUCAGGAUGACACCAACCUGUACCUUGUCAUGGAUUACUACUGCGGAGGAGACCUGCUGACCCUGCUCAGCAAGUUUGAGGACAAACUUCCUGAGGAGAUGGCACGUUUCUACAUCACCGAGAUGAUUCUUGCCAUUGAUUCUAUACACUCGUUGCAUUACGUGCACCGAGACAUUAAGCCAGACAAUGUGCUGCUCGAUGCCAAUGGCCACAUACGGCUAGCUGAUUUCGGCUCUUGCCUUCGAUUAUGCGAUGACGGAACGGUUCAAUCCAACGUUGCUGUAGGCACUCCUGAUUACAUAUCUCCUGAAAUCUUAAGGUAUUCUUGGGAAGAUAAGAAGGCCAUGGAGGACGGGCAGGGCAGGUACGGCCCCGAGUGCGACUGGUGGUCCCUGGGGGUGUGCAUGUACGAGAUGCUUUAUGGCGAGACCCCUUUCUACGCUGAGAGUCUUGUCGAGACCUAUGGCAAGAUCAUGAAUCACAAGAACUGCUUUGACUUUCCGGACGACCCUGGCUGCAGCAUUUCGGAGGAUGCCAAGGAUCUAAUGAGGCGGUUGAUCUGCAGUGCCGACUGUCGACUUGGGCAAAACGGACUUCAGGACUUCAAGAGCCAUCCGUGGUUCAGUGGAGUUGACUGGGACCACAUACGAGAGAGUCGGGCGCCCUACAUUCCAGAGGUCAGCAGUCCCACGGACACUUCCAACUUCGACGUGGAUGAUGCUGACCUCAAGCAACCAGAGUCGGGACCACCGAGCACCAACGCAGUGUUCUCCGGGCUGCACCUGCCCUUUGUGGGCUUUACGUACACGUUAGGAAGCCGCCUGGCCAGUGGUGCAGGCGAGUCGGCAGUGGACGGUGUGGUUACCCACUCGGGUGACCAGAGCCAUCUGGCGUGCGAGAAGAGGAUUCGGGCCUUGGAGAGAGAGAAUGCAGAGCUGGGACAACGCCUGGCCGGUGAUCUCAAAAGAGGACUGCCCAAUUCAAGCAGCGAAGUGUUACAGAGGACGUCAUCAACAGAUGGGGAGGUCCGUAGGCUUCAGGAUGAAGUUAACACCUUCAAGAAAAGGAAUGCAGAAUUGGAGCUGGAGCUGCAGCAGCGGCAGUCUUUGUCCAAUUCUCACGGGAGCUACCCUGUCGGGGAUGCUAAGCACAAGGAGUUGGACAAGGCAUUACGACUAGCGCGUGUAGAAAAGGAAGACCUGCAACGAGAAUUAAACGAUGCCCAGGAGAGGCUAAAACAGCAAAGCAAAGAGCUGAAGGAUGCCAUAGCACAGAAAAAAUUAGCCAUGGACGAGUAUACAGAAGUCAGCGAUAAGCUGUCAGAGUUGCGGACACAGAAACAGAAGCUUUCCCGUCAAGUACGUGACAAGGAAGAGGAGUUAGAGAGCGCAAUGCACAAGAUUGACAGCCUUCGACAGGACCUUAGAAAAGCGGACAAGCUGCGAAGGGAGCUUGAAGCUCGUGCAGAAGAGACGCAAGCUGAGGCCCUGAAGGAACGACGGUUACGAGAGCGUAGCGACGAAUACGUGCACCACCUCGAAGGGGAGCUCGAGAAAAGCCAGGUUGGACGGCCAGCACACGAUGUUUCUCAGGAGGUCUCCAGGUUGAAGAAUGAGCUGGAGAACCAAGAGAUGAAGUUUCGGGAGCUGGAGAUCCAACUGCAAACGCGGCAUGCCAAUGAGCUGGGCACAAUUCGUGACCAGUUUCGAGAGGCUGAUGGGGCCAGGGAUGCCCUGCUCAAGGAGGUUAUGUUACUAAAAGAGAAGAGUGAGAAAUCUCGUGUUGAAAGUGCCAUUGAGAACCAGGAGACCCUAGCAGAGAUAAAGAAAGCGCACGAGCGAGAGAAGGCACUGCUCCGCGAGGAAGUCCACAAGCUCAGCGAAGAAAGGGAAAGGCUUGCAGAGACGUUGCGGAGGCAACUGGAAGAACGCCGUUGCCUGGAGGACGAGAUUGGCCAGCUGAGGGCGAAGAAGGAAUCUGUUGCCCAGUGGGAGGCACAGAUCAGCGAGAUCAUUCAGUGGGUGAGCGAUGAGAAGGAUGCUCGCGGCUACCUCCAGGCAUUGGCUACCAAGAUGACCGAAGAACUGGACUACCUCAGGAUGAGCGGUCUUCCCACGCCUACUGCGGACAAGAAUUGGCGCAACCGACGUUCCCAGAAACUGGAGAAGAUGGAGCUACUGACCCUGCAGUCCAACCUGCAGAGUGAAAUUCAGGCCAAGCAGGCUGUCAGUGAAGAGCUCACACGUGUCCGUGCCGAACUGGUCGCUCAGCAGAAAGAGCAGCGCAAGCUGCAGCAGGAGCUCGACCACUUCCGAAAGGAGUCUACGAAGAAGGACUCCCAAAUCCGGGACCUGCAACAACGCUUAGAUGCUGCAGGAGAUGGAUUCCUGGAGCGACCCUCUUCGCAGAUGUCCUUUCUGGACCAGUUCCUGAAGGACACGUCUAGGCUGAAUCACAGUGACAGCGGCGAGUCGGCUGACCAGGUCACCAACGACAAUGAAACCGAGCUGGAAGGGGGACUCCAGUCACCUCCACUUCCACCUGUGGCAAUCAUCAACAAGACCACUAGCGCUGAGGAACACAGAGGAAUAAAAAUUUCAUCGCCCAUUGCUGACAUUCGCUCUCAAAUAACCGUUCUCACACCAAAGCCCAAGGCCCACCAGUUUCUAGUACGGACCUUUGUAGCCCCUCUAAAAUGCAACCACUGCACUUCCCUCAUGGUUGGUCUCAUUCGCCAGGGGGCAGUCUGCGAAGUGUGUGGUUUUGCCUGCCACGUCACUUGUCAAGACAAGGUACCUGCUGUGUGUCCUGUUCCCAUGGAUCAAACCAAGAGGCCAGUAGGGAUUGAUCCCACCCGAGGUGUUGGCACGGCUUAUGAGGGUUACGUGAAGGUGCCCAAGCAAGGGGGCGUGAAGAAAGGAUGGCAGCGCCAGUUUGUGGCUGUGUGUGACUUCAAGCUCUUCCUGUACGACCUUCUUCAGGACAAGAACGUGCAGCCCGCAGUGGCCGCAUCCCAAGUGCUGGACAUGAGGGACGAAGAAUUCUCAGUGACAUCAGUCCUCGAGUCUGAUGUCAUCCACGCGAAUAGGAAGGACAUUCCUUGUAUAUUUAGGGUGUCAACGUCCAUGAUGGACCCUCCGGGGCUGCAGAGCCAGACACUGAUGAUGGUGGACAAGGAGAGUGAGAAGGUCAAGUGGGUGGACGCACUCAAUGAACUGCACCGCAUCCUGCGCCGAAACAAGCUGCCGCACCGGACGGUAUUCCAGGCAAAGGAAAUCUUAGAUAGCACCGUUGUGAUUAUCAAGAAUGCCUUAUCAGCAGCUGUGAUAGAACCAGAUAGAGUCGCUCUAGGUACUGAAGAAGGGCUCUACUGUGUGGAUUUGGAUAGGGAAGAAAUUGCCCGCAUUGGUGAUGGCAAGAGGAUUGCCCAACUUGAAUACAUUCCAGAGGAACAGCUCCUCAUCGCAAUUGCAGGAAAGCAGCGGCAUCUGCGCUUGAUUCCUGUGGGUGCACUUGAUGGCCACGACGUAGACUGGAUUAAGGUGGCCGACACCAAGGGCUGCACCACCUUCUGCACCACCCACAUGGAUCAUGGCGGAGCGCCCACCUAUUACUUCUGUGUGGCCGUCAAGAAGCAGGUGCUGGUUCAUCAGGUGAACCGGACAAAAAGCCGUCACGGUGGCCGACAGGUCAUCAGCGUUCCUGGCGUGGCCCAAUGUCUCGAUGUGUGGCAGGACCGGCUCUGUGUUGGCCUCCCCUCUCUCUUCUACCUCUACAAUCUACAGGGCACUGCAGAACCAGUCUGUUUAGUCCAGCCUGACAACAACCUGUCUUUCCUCCACCACAACCCAAUGGAUGCCUUUAUGGCUGUGGAACUUCCAAAUAAUGAAUACCUGCUGGUGUUCAGCCAACUGGGAGUGUUUGUGAACGGUCAAGGGAAGAAGACGCGGGACAAGGAGGUCAUGUUCUCUGCUGUGCCCUUGUCAGUCAGUUAUUUUGACUCGUACCUCUGUGUGUACAUGGAGUCCCAUGUGGAUGUGUUUGAGGUGACAUCUGGGGACUGGGUGCAAACAAUGAAUCUGAAAAAGACAAAGCCUCUGUGCCGCGAUGGGCAGGUCUGCUUCACUCUUGUCACCGAAGCACCGCAUGUGAUCUACAUGCACCCAAUCCAUAGGAGGGAGUAUGCCGUGCGUGUCUGUGGGCCCACGGAAUCGGGCUCCCAUCGUCCCACCAUGAGCGGAGGGGGCAUGACACACGUGGCGCCCCCUCUGCGAGGAUCCACCUCCUCCAUGGCCGCUGCCCUUGUGACCCGAGCCAGGCGGAGGUUCUCUGUACGAGAAGCUGAGAAACAAAAGGCUGUUGACCGCCGAUCAAGGAUGAUAUCUGCACCAUCCAACUUCAACCACAUUCAACACAUGGGUCCCACUGAGCUGCAGAAGCUUAUUGAUCUACCCACGACAGUCCAAGGAGUUGCAGCCAUGGAAGAGAAAAGAGCAUGGGUCAAGUCUGUGAAGCCACCAGUAGGUGUUCCAUUGCAACCCAAGCGGCCAGCACCACUGGCACCUGGCACUGUACCUAGGACAGCUAAAUCCUCACUGACUGCGUCACCUGACGGAUCGCUGUCAUCACAAGAACAUGGCUCCAUGCUUCAAGGCUCGGCACAUGAUGAGUCGAGAGGACAGCAGGCCAGUCCACGCCACUCGAUUGCCUCCAACAAUAGCUCCAACCUGAGCACCCCACCGAGUCCCGUCGACUUGGGCCUCGGACUGGAAGACCCGCGUGAACAGUUCUCCUCCAGCUACGAGUCUCAGAGCUAAGGCCACGCUGCGGUCUGACGUCAUCUAUUCAGUCGGCAAUGUCACCAUCUGCUACAUCAUUAGUUGUCUCUGGUUCCAGCACCAUGGCUGCUCACGGGCACUUCUGUUUUAUUUGUGUGUUUGCGCACACGUGUGUAAAAAUGUGAUGAAGCGCACUGUUCCUUUUAAAUUUGUUUGUUUUUGCUCAGGUGAAAGCAGGCUACGGGUGGCCACUGAGGCUUGUCUUUGCACCAGUGCUGUAUCAAUGACACAUACUGAGACACCAAUGUCUUCAUACUUUUUAGUGGCCAUGCCUGUUUCCAAUACUGUGGUUCUUAUUUUGUAACUUGGUUGUUGACUGACCUUGCAUUCAGACUUUUGACUUGUGGUGCUGAUAGCAUCCUCUGGCAAGCUUGACGAAGUGCAUGGGAGCUGUUCAAUGGCUUGCCAAGGAGGCAAAACCUCUACACUUGAACAUGCUUGCUUGAAGGGCACCAAGUUGCAACUAAAGGGAACUUCAGUGUCUCCACAGUGAUGCCAACAGGCUCGUGUCGCAAGUAUUCAUUUUCAGGAAAAAUUUGUGAAACUGUUUUGUGACCUAAGACGAGGCAGACGUGUGACGUAGGCAGAAGUGCAUACAGCCAAACGACAUGAGAAGCUUAUUUUUUUUCUCUAGCAACUCGUUUCGAGCACCUUGCCUGUUCUAAGCGUGUAAGUGCUUCUUUAAGGCCUUGCUCUUUUCUGAGUUCAAGCGUUACACUAGCACCAACAUCAGAAUGCUCAGGUUACUACGGAAACCCCACUAUAGUAUGUCUUUCAGCAUUGUGUUUGGCACUGUCAUGCGCAUAAAGGCUUCUCAGUCAGAGCCUAAACUGGAAACGUACUGCAGCAUGUUGCCUUGCAUACAUCAGGCAGUGGUUUCUGUAUAAAUUAACUUAGUACCCAUAGUUAUACACAAACUGUUAAACAUUGUGUGCAUGGUGUUGUCUUUCUGUUCCUCUGUUGGCAAGAUUAGUGUAUAAAACAUUUAGUAGCAUUUACUAUUAGCUCUAAAAACAGACGCUGGCAUUUCUUCUCCUUCUUUAAUGUGCACAUAGAGAUUAUAUAUAGAUGUAUCUUUGAAAAGAUACAAAAUUCAGUAUGAUGGAAAUCGUUUAAAGGCAAUGAACACACAUCUGGUGAUUGCAAGUCGUCUUGGAUAACGCCAAGCAUUGCAGCUGCCCUUUAGUUAGCACUGAAAAACGUUAUCAGUGGUCACUGUACUGAGAGUGCAUGUAGUGUUGAUGUAUCGUCCACUAACGUGAACAGUAUGAAUAUUAUUGAAAGCAAGAAUAAACUCUUUAAUCUGUGGUACACAUCAGUGGCUAGGAACACAGAGCACUUAAUUUCUUGCCAGUUAAACUUCACGUCAUGAUGGCAGAUUCGGCGUUAUGUGCAACUGAAGCUAUGCGUACUUUGAGAUGGGUAUUAAGUCACUGCAGUGGCAACACAUUAUUAUUCCGUGCCUUUUUUUUUUCUUAUUUGAUUCUUACCUAACAUAAGCUUCUGAGGUUCUUGCCAUAAAACAGGUGAUGUGCCAACAGGAACCAGCAGAAUUGCUGCGAUAGCAUUAUCAUGGCUGAAUUUUGGUAAAAUAUUUAUUUGUCCCACAUAAAAGGGCUUACAUGCAGUGCUGCAACUUGCUGCAGUAACUGUGAGAAUUACCCGUCUGGCUGCACUUCUAAGAGGUUAAUGAGUUUUGUAUAAUCAAAUUAAGGUUAGAUAAUGAGGCCAAGAUUAGGGUUGGCUGGCAUUACAGCAGCGCUUCUCUGAGAAGUGCUUUAGAUGCUACGUUUGUUUCAUUCCAAAGUCGGAAUUUCUUGAGUAACAUGCACUGAAGCAUUGUCACGACUUUUGCUUUUAUUAUGACAAACAGUAGUAUAUACUGUGUUGGGAGAGACAAGCACUGCAUCAGUUUUUUAAAGAGUUAUUUGUCAAGGCAGAAAGGUUUGACAGGUAUUUUGGUAUAGUACUGUGCGGUGUUCAUUGAAAUGUGUGCUUUGCAGGGCUUUUAUGUAAAACCUUUCCCAUACGUGAGGGCGUACUGCUACCUCUGACGUUUGUAAAUAAUGCCUAGCAUUGCCGCCAGUUUUUCUUUCUUUUUUUUUUGUAAUCUGAUAUCAGGGAUAAGGGCACACCUUUGCUUUUUUGUGUGUGCCAAUAUAACUGUAGAGAACAAUCAAUUUGCCACUACAGAAUCCUGUUGUCAAAUGAAACUACAGUCAAACCUCGUUGAAUGAAGUUGCAUCUGGCAUGAAAAUACCUUGGUUAUAUCCAAAAUUUGUUAUAAACGUUGUUUACAUGCUAAUAUCAGCGUGAGACAUUUUAAGUUUGCGUUAUGUCCGUUAUAUUGAGGUUUAACUGCAGUAUAGAGAUGUAUUUUUCACACUUGCAAGCUUUUGUGGGACACUCUUAUGGUGGAGCACAAAACUGGUCGCUUCUAGUAGCCGCUGAAGCUUAUCCAUCCUCUGCUGCUGCAAGUGCAGUUUAUGUGAAACAUGAGCCGUGCAUCUUGAAUUGGUGAAAUCACAAAAGUGAUGACAAAUAUGGUUCUGAUUUCUGAAAAUGUCCGCCCUAAAUUAACAACUACGCGGAAUUCAGAAAAAUGGACAAAAUAUACUGCAGUUUUGAAAGUUCAGGAUUUUAGAGAUAAAUCAACAUCAUGUUUCUUUGAAACUCCAGAGGCAGGGAAAUGAAGCUUGAUUCCUUCGCAUACCUGGCUGUGGAGAGGUGCAGUUGACAUCAAAAGUUUACGGGCCAUGAGAGGUAAUAUUUAUUUCUAGCAGUUUGUGACCAUGGCAAAUAGACCUAUACAGUACUAUAUUGUUUGCAUAAACUACACACAAGCUGGGAAUUUGAAUAAUAUAAGGAUACAGAAAUAUUCAGCUUUUCACAGAUUUUAUGGUCUGUAAAAUUUUGAUGGAGACUGUGGAGAUCACACCCUUUGAUUUUCAACUGUACACCUCAGCUGCGAUGGAAAUCUUCUGCUUUUAGUAUCGUUUUGUUGUUAGCUUCUGUUCUUUUAGCCUUUUGUGAGCAGCUGUGCAGUAUUUGCGAAAGGUAUUGAAACUGUUAUGCAUGUAGAACACAUAGUGGCCAAGAGCUAAGGAGAGUUAGGAGCUUUGUUUCUUUCGACUACUGCAUGCAUGGAGCUGUCCUAUGGUGCUUUUGUACACUGUCUUUCAAAAGUACUGUCAAGGCGUGUGCAAGUGUCUUCGAUAAAGAUGAUAGGACUCACAAUGUUGGCCACAGAAAUCCUUCAGAGAUUACUCAAUGAGACUAUUUAUUCAGGUUUCUGUAUGCUGCUUGCAUCUGUAGUGGUGUUUUUCCACCAAGUUUUCACCACCAGAUGGACCUGCACAGCGCUUUGUUUCCUUCUGUUCAUCGUGUGCUUGGGCUGCUGCAACAUGUGCCAUCUGGCAGCCCCCCAUGUUUACAUUCUUUUGCAGUAAAACUGCUGCUUCCAAGAGUGGAUUCCCCUGGUUUUGUUGGUGCACUUAGCCAACCCUCUGCACUUUGUCUUUUGCAAGCUAUGCUAUUGUAUUUAAGAUCAUGUUGCCUGCGCACAGUGUUCUGUGUGGGGACAAUCAAUGCUCUCUUUUGACGCUAUGUGCAAAACAAGGAUUCAAGUAAAGAAGCACACACUCUCACCAGUGCUAGACAGCACAUGUUGCAUAUGUGUAUAGCCUUUUGAAACAACGUUUGUUUUAAUUUAUUUCAAGACCACAGCCUUGGAGGAGUCUAAAGAGUGAGCUGUGCAAUGUUGGAUGUCUGCCUCGCCCCUUGCAAAAUGAGGAGCACUGUUUAUUGUAUUGAGUAUUCUAUAUAAAUAUAGGCCUUCUUUUAAGGUUAACGUAUGUACAUUGCUUUGGCCUUGUUGGGAGAACCUGUAUUGCUUUUUUUUUAUCGUUUUUUUUUCCAGAGUACAAAGUGAGGACUGUAAGUGCUGCGGGUGCUAACAAGAGGCAAUGAGUUGCAAUUUAUGCGAGAUUGAAAUGGUGAAAAGACCAUUCAUUCAAUCAAUCACGAGACUCAAGUCUUGGCCAAGGUGUUGAUUACAUGCUGUUUGCUUAUGUGUGCUGUGUGGUCUUGGUCGCUUUGAACGGUAUGAUGUCACGAGGACACCAGGAAGUGUGGCCAACUCACAAUAUUGAAAUAUUUCUCUGAGGCCACAUUUUGUAACGAUUCUUUUUCUUUUUAGAAUCUUUUCCGUUUUUAUCCUCAGUUAUGCCAAGUGAGCGAUUCCGGAAAAGAAAGACCAACAUGUGAUGUGGUGGUUUACAUGCGUUAACAUCUUUGGGUGCUCGGCCACGUAUGUGUGUGCACACCAGUAUCAAAAUGUGAGACGAAUGGAUUGCACUAAUCGUUACAAAAUAUGGCCCCUGCUUGCCUUUUAUCUCUCUCUGCGUGCAUUUCCAUGAUAUUUCUCUGCUACCACUGUUGCAUAAGGAGCGCGUUGCUGCCUGCUCUGUCAGUAGAAAUUGCCAAUUCACAAACAUGCGUGUACAUAUAUGUAAAACAUAUGAUGAUAGUAGUAAAACCAAAUAUGGUUCUCUUUUUAAAA